AGUGUCGCCACAGUUCGUCCUGCGACUUUUAUCGACUCGGGCGUCGUUGUAGCGCUGCCGUGUUGAGUACUUAUCCACCUACAAGUGCAUCGCCGACGAUGCGUCAUGAGGCCGACAUAGUCGCGGGGAACCUGGACGAGAUUUUAACUGGUGCCCCGCGCGAGAACAAUGGCGGUGGAGCGACGCAAGAUCUGGUACAGUCUCAUCCAGGUCUAUCGGGAGUUCGCCAAGGAGUCUUCGGUUCACGGGAUCAAGUACACCAUACAGGCCAAGACGACGAUCGAGAGAUUGCUCUGGUUAAUCGUCGUCAUCAUCUCGCUGGUCUGCUCCGGCCAAUUGGCCAAUCAGUUUUACGAGAGGCACAAAUCGGCGAACAGGCGGACGACCGUCGUAACGAAUCAAUUCCCCUCGCUGAAACUCGCGAUACCCGCGGUGACGCUGUGCCAGGGGCACUUGGUCUCGGCCGAGCGGCUUCGACCUUUCUUGACCAUGCAAAAGCGGCUGUACCUGCCGAGGGGACUGACGAUCGACGACUUCGAGCAAGGGCUGCGCUACCUGCGCGAGAUCGUCUAUCCGUCGAACCAGUACUCGGACGAGCUGGAGAAGCUGCAGCGGAUACUCAACGCUAACCGCAUGAGUCUGCCUCAGCUGUUAGAGCAGAUCUCGCCGAACUGCACCGAUCUGCUAGUCACCUGCAUGUACGAAGGCCGCAACGAGUCGUGCGACGAGCUCUUCGUGCCGAUUCUCACGACUUACGGGAUUUGUUGCUCGUUUAACAAGGCCGUGCAGAGAAGGUGGCAGACCGCUUUUACCAGGUCAUUUUUCGAAUCUAAUACUUGGCAUGUAAAUUCUUCGAGUUUUUUUCAUUUUCACGUUUCCAGUGAAAUAAACGGCGGAAAAAAUUCCAGGUACACGCCCAAGGUCAACCGCGAUCUCUACAGCAUAAACUUUGGAUCCCGUUACAUUCUGUCGGUUUUAUUGAAGCCCUACAACACGAGCGAUCGAAUCGCUUCGAUUACUUACGGCGACGGCUACAAGUUCCUCAUACACGAGAGGUACACCCGCCCGGGCCCUAACGCCGUCGAGUUUAUGGCAGGCGAGGCUUACGAGACAGUCGUCGGCCUGUACGGCACUUGUCUCACCAGCAGCCCCGAGGUCUUAAGCCUCUCGUCUAGUCAAAGGGACUGCAGGUGAGCUAUUAUACGUUUUCAAUGGGGAAAU